AUGUGUCUGAGUCAUGGUACCUGCCGCCGAGCCCAUCGAAUACGCACAGUUCCCCUUCUACCUCAACGGGCUCCGGGAGACGCCGCAGUUCGUGGAGGCCAUCGAGAGCGUCCGCGCCAUCUGCAGCAACUACAGCCGCCAGGGGCUGCCCUCCUACCCCAACGGCUACCCCUUCCUGUUCUGGGAGCAGUACGUGGCCUCCGCCACUGGCUGCUGCUCUCCAUCAGCGUGGUGCUGGCCUGCACGUUCCUCGUCUGCGCCCUCUUCCUCCUCAACCCGUGGACGGCCGGCAUCAUCGUGAUGGUUCUGUCUCUGAUGACGGUGGAGCUGUUUGGGAUGAUGGGUCUGAUAGGGAUCAAGCUGAGCGCGGUGCCCGUCGUCAUCCUCAUCGCCUCGGUGGGCAUCGGGGUGGAGUUCACCGUCCACGUCGCUCUGGCGUUCCUGACUGCAAUCGGGGACCGCAACAAGCGUGCGGUGUUGGCUCUGGAGCACAUGUUUGCUCCGGUGCUGGACGGAGCCUUCUCCACACUGCUGGGGGUGUUGAUGCUCGCCGGCUCCGAGUUCGACUUCAUCGUCAGGUAUUUCUUUGCAGUACUGGCCAUUCUCACUGUUCUGGGCGUUCUGAAUGGACUGGUCCUCCUGCCUGUGCUGCUGUCAUACUUUGGACCAUAUCCAGAGGUGUCCCCAGUGGACGGCCGUAGCCGCUUGCCCACCCCCUCCCCGGAGGCCCCCCCCCACGCCGUCCACUUCUCGGUGGGGCCUCGCCACGCCGCCACGUCAGGGACCGCCACCGGCUCCGACUCGUCCGACUCAGAGUACAGCUCCAACACCACGGUGUCGGGCAUCAGCCAGGAGCUGAGGCAGUACGACCUCCACACCAGCAGGGGGCGAGCCGGGCGGACAGAGGAGGUGCGGCUGGGACUCGGUUCCAGACGGCCGGCCAGACAGACAGACCCGCAGAUGGCCUACACUGUCUCCUCGGCCAUGCCAGCCCCCCCCUCAGUCCCCCAGCCCAGAGCAUCCAGGAGCUACAGCACCAGAGAUCCCCAAAGCCAUCAGCAGCCGUCCACUCUCCCCCCAUCCCGCCCGCGCAUGGACGCUUUUGAGACGGCGACUGAGACCGGGGGCCCUGGCCACCACCCCUCCUCCGCCCAGGGGGGCCACCACCCCUCCUCCAACCACAGGCAGCACAGGGCCCGCCCCCAUCACAACCCCAGGCCCAACCACCAUCACCCUAACCCCGCCCCUUACUGCCAACCCAUCACCACGGUGACGGCCUCAGCCUCUGUGACUGUCGCCGUCCAUUCGGCCCCUCUCUCCACCCAGACCCCCCCGACUGCUCCGUCGUACCCAGGAUACUCAGCGACGAGCGGUUUCCAGGCAGCAGGGGCGGGGUCUCCGGUGGCAGAGGAGGAGCCUGUAUUCCAGGACCCCCACGUGCCACAGGAGGCCAUGACGGGGCAGCGGGGAGCCAAGAUGGAUGCCAUGGAACUCCAGGAUAUGGAGUGUGAGGCAGCUGAUAGCAACUGUGGCCCACGACCCAGCUGAGUGGUGGAGAGGUGAAUCACAACAGCCAAAGAUGACCUCCCAGGGAUGACUGAGUCCUCCGGCUCAGCUCAGUCCAGCUCGGCCCGGCCUGGUCCCAGGCACACAGAUACCCACAAGGGGUGACCCCGCGGUGCUGAUUCUUACUGUAACCCAGCGGACUAUUGCCCGAGAUAUUUCUAUCUAUAUUUAAAAGAUGUACACAUAUGUAAAUAUGAACAAAAAAGUAGCUAUAAUUAAGGAGCUGUACAAACAUAGCUGUACAUACCUUUGGUUUUUUUUUUUUUUUUUUUACAGACUGGCAAUGCCAUUUUGGAUGGCGUGCAUGUGUGUCUGUGUACUGUAUAGGGAUGUGUGUGUGUGUGUGUGUGUGUGAGAGAGAGAGAAAGAGAGAUCUCUGAUUACUGUUCACUCAUCUGUGGAUCUGUGCCGUGAAGAAGGUUCAUCUAGACAUUUCAGCAUCCAUUUUUGCUGCUUGAAAUAUUUUGUAAUGUACAUGUAUAAUUCUAUGCAAUGUUUUUUAAGUUCGGAAGGGGUAAUUGUGUGUUUGUGAGUGAAUUUGUGUGGGUCUGAGUGUGUGUGUGUGUGUAUGUGGGGGUGGGGGGGUUGCGUGCGUGUGUGUGUGUGUGUGUACAUACUGUAUGUACUGUAUGUGCGUGUGGAGGGCUGUGCAAAGUGGAACUUUACCAGUUCCAUUCAGCUAACUCAUCAGAUACAUCUCUUAAGACAUAUACUAACAAAUAAGCUCAUUGAAUCCAUGAGAAACUGUUAGAUUAAUUCCACAGGGCUCUCGUGUCUGUACUGUGUGUGUGGGUGCGUGUGUGCGUGCGUGUGCAUUAAUGUAUAGAGAGAACACUUUUUUUAAACGAUUAAUUGCUUAUCACAAACCUGUGGUAGUUUAUGAAACAAUUACUGUUGAACUUUUGACACACGCUAUGCGUGCUAUUUAAGAUGC